AUUUUAGCUACCGACGUGAGAGGAGCAGAGAGCACCACGAAGAAAAAGAAACACCAAUCGUCUGAGGUAAACGUUUGAUGAAACGUUUGUUCAGUUCUUAUCCGUCAGGCAUUUCCAAUCUCGAAUUCUGCCAGAACAUCCCCCUGGAAGCUAGCAGAAAAAGGGAAUUCGACACAGCCCGUCACGAGAGAACGAGAUAGAAAAUGUCGAAUCUGAAGAAAAUCAGCGAUGAGGACCGCGAGUCCAAGUUCGGAUACGUUUUCGCCGUGUCUGGUCCUGUCGUGACGGCGGAACGUAUGUCUGGCUCUGCUAUGUACGAGCUGGUCCGUGUCGGAUACUAUGAGCUAGUGGGAGAGAUCAUUCGUCUGGAAGGUGACAUGGCUACCAUCCAGGUGUACGAGGAAACUUCCGGUGUCACCGUCGGCGAUCCAGUGUUGCGUACCGGCAAGCCACUGUCUGUGGAGCUUGGUCCAGGUAUCAUGGGCAGCAUUUUCGACGGUAUCCAGCGCCCCUUGAAGGACAUCAACGAAAUGACGAGCUCGAUCUACAUUCCGAAGGGUAUCAACGUGCCGUGCCUGUCGCGUACGCAGAGCUGGAGUUUCAAUCCACUGAACGUGAAGGCCGGCUCCCACAUUACCGGCGGCGAUCUGUACGGUAUUGUGCACGAGAACACACUUGUCAAGCACAAGCUGAUGGUGCCACCGCGCGCCAAGGGUACCGUCAAGUACAUUGCCCCGUCCGGCAACUACACCGUCGAUGAUGUGAUCCUCGAGACGGAAUUCGAUGGUGAGGUCAGCAAGUUCACCAUGCUGCAGGUGUGGCCCGUACGUCAGCCGCGUCCGGUGACGGAGAAGCUGCCGGCCAACCAUCCGCUGCUAACCGGACAGCGCGUGCUGGAUUCGUUGUUCCCUUGCGUCCAGGGCGGUACCACCGCUAUUCCCGGUGCUUUCGGUUGCGGCAAAACGGUCAUCUCACAGUCGCUGUCCAAGUACUCCAACUCGGACGUUAUCGUGUACGUCGGUUGCGGUGAGCGUGGUAACGAGAUGUCCGAAGUAUUGCGCGAUUUCCCCGAGCUGUCGGUAGAGAUUGACGGUGUGACCGAGUCCAUCAUGAAGCGUACCGCGCUGGUAGCCAACACAUCCAACAUGCCGGUCGCUGCCCGUGAAGCUUCCAUCUACACCGGUAUCACGCUGUCCGAGUACUUCCGUGACAUGGGCUACAACGUGUCGAUGAUGGCCGAUUCUACCUCCCGAUGGGCUGAGGCACUGCGAGAAAUUUCGGGUCGUCUGGCCGAGAUGCCGGCCGAUUCCGGCUAUCCCGCUUACCUGGGUGCUCGUUUGGCCUCCUUCUACGAGCGUGCUGGCCGCGUCAAGUGUCUUGGCAAUCCGGAGCGCGAGGGUUCCGUGUCGAUUGUCGGUGCCGUAUCACCGCCCGGUGGUGAUUUCUCCGAUCCCGUUACCUCCGCCACCCUUGGUAUCGUGCAGGUGUUCUGGGGUUUGGACAAGAAGCUGGCCCAGCGUAAGCACUUCCCAUCGAUUAACUGGUUGAUUUCCUACAGCAAGUACAUGCGCGCUCUGGAAGACUUCUACGACAAGAACUUCCCGGAGUUUGUGCCGAUGCGUACCAAGGUAAAGGAAAUUCUGCAGGAGGAGGAAGAUCUGUCCGAAAUCGUGCAGCUGGUCGGUAAGGCUUCGCUGGCCGAAACCGAUAAGAUCACGCUCGAGGUCGCCAAGCUGCUGAAGGACGAUUUCCUGCAACAGAAUUCGUACUCCGCGUACGAUCGGUUCUGCCCCUUCUACAAGACCGUCGGCAUGCUGAAGAACAUGAUCGGAUUCUACGAUAUGGCGCGCCAUGCCGUGGAAACGACUGCACAGUCGGAAAACAAAAUUACCUGGAACGUCAUCCGUGACUCGAUGGGCAACAUCUUGUAUCAGCUAUCUUCGAUGAAGUUCAAGGACCCAGUCAAGGACGGCGAACCGAAGAUCAAGGCAGAUUUCGAUCAGCUGUACGAAGACAUGCAGCAGGCAUUCCGCAACCUAGAAGAUUAAACGGUAUAUCUCCUUUUCUACGGAACGGAGGAGCAGCACAGUGUGCCAGCAGUGUCGGGGGCGAAGAUGUACUAUUUACGAUAAGGAUUCUUUUACCGUGUUGCCAGCCGCGACGAGCAUCCUUUGGGGAGAGGACCUGUUUUGUGGUGGCUGUGUAACACGACCAGUAAAAAGCAACACCUGAGACGUUAUACAUAUAUAGAUGGCAUACAUGCUACCAGUUUAUGUACACAAGCACAGAUCCAUGCAACAAGUAUUCCACAGCGAUAAAAUGUAGUCUUAUCCUGCUAGAUCGGAUGAGGGCACGCGGAUCAAUCUAUUACAAAACCAUAACAUCAAUCCGGGGAUAACUGCAAGCGUGCUGUGUCCACAUCGACAUCCUAGGGUACCGUGAGCGAGGAAGAAUUUUAAUUUGUUUCCAGCAGCAGGCAAUACAAAAAAUGCGGCACAAAUGCAAUCCUGCCGAGCAAUCCAACAACAUCGUCCCGCAAACAUGCUCCUUGUCUUCAGCUUGUCCAACAUUCUCUCUAGAUUGCUGAUUGCUGACUUCAAGUGCAAUGUAAAACACCUGAACGGUGUUCGCAAAAACGUGGUCUAUAUAGUGCGAUUCAAUACAAUUCGAAUGCACCGAAAACAAAGGGGUAUGCAAUCGGUCAGCAAUCGCGUCACCUUACCACUAGCCGGUUCUAGAGAGAAGGGAGUAAGCAGCAGGAAACGAACGAGGGAUGAUACAGUGUCGUAAAACGUACAAUAAGGAGAGCCGACUUAUGUGUUAUGAUACUAUAUAUAUAUAUAGAAUGUUUUUUUUUGUUGUUGCUCAUAUGAAAUUCCUGUAGAAAAUGCGAAUCAUGUAGCGGUGGGUUAGUCGCUAAACACAAGUAUAUAUAUACAGAUAAUUGAAUAGACCUUCUAAGCGUAUUUGAAACAAAGAUAAUCCUUUACAAUCGGAGUAUAAUUAUGGAAUGUUAUGGUUGAAACAGCAGCUCGCUUCAAGAUGAACAGCAGCGUACGGGAGAGAGGUGUGUAUGAUUGAAGGAAAAACUUAAGAAAAAACUUAAGAGGAAUUUCCAUUGAAUGAAAUUUAAAAAAAAUAUUUCAGUUGGAAAACUAUCUUAAAGUGUAAGAGUACGCUUCAUUUAGUAUCAACCGAUUUACAUUUGAUUCAUUUGAUCGUAGAGAUUCAUUCACUGAACACGGUGUGGAUGUUGAUGGCUUUGCUAAAUUGCAAUCUACUCUAAGUAAUAUGUUGAGUUUUUUCAUGCUAUCAUUUUUGUCAGCCAGUUCUUUGUUGUGUUGUUAAUUUGUUACUGUUGGUCUAUUUGUCUUUUUUUUAUCGUUGCUUAUCAGCCGCUAUGGGGAUUUGAAGUGCAGACGAUGUUGGCCAGGUGUUUCAUAUUCAUUUCUUGCUGCUGUUUCAGCAAAUCAGACAAGAUUGGGAAGCGUUUCGAAACAUGCGCCUGGGACGUACGCCAACGCACGCAACAAUCGGUCGGUCCGGCAUGUGUGUUGUGUGUGUGUGUGUGUUUCUUUUUCGCUCUUGUAAAUGUUCAUACUACGGUAGAUCGUCCAGAAAUGCCCUCCGCAGAGGAUGUAAAGUACUACCGCCCCACCACCAAUUCGGAAGAUGAAUAAAAGAAAUAAAGCGAAACCGUCGGAAAACUUUGCAUUCCAAA